AUGCUUUCGCAGAAAUGGUUGGGGGUGCUUUACUUCACUUUCUACUUAUGGGCUAAUAUAUCCUUCUUCUUCCUUCAAGGUUGUUUGGCAUGUAAAUCCGAAGAAAGGCUGUUUCAUAAACUGUUCUCCCGUUACAACCAGUAUAUCAGACCUGUGGAAAAUGUGUCUGAUCCAGUUACAGUGCAUUUUGAGGUGGCAAUUACCCAACUUGCAAAUGUGGAUGAAGUCAACCAGAUUAUGGAAACCAACCUCUGGCUGCGACAUAUUUGGAAUGACUAUAAACUGAGGUGGAAUCCAGUGGAAUUUGAGGGGAUUGAGUUUGUCCGGGUACCAGCAGAUAAAAUUUGGAAACCUGAUAUUGUGCUGUACAACAAUGCUGUUGGAGAUUUCCAAGUGGAAGGACGGACCAAAGCUCUUCUCAAAUACGAUGGCACGAUCACAUGGACACCACCUGCCAUUUUUAAAAGCUCCUGUCCUAUGGAUAUUACCUUCUUCCCCUUUGACCAUCAGAACUGUUCACUAAAAUUUGGAUCCUGGACUUACGACAAAGCUAAAAUUGACCUUCUGAUUAUUGGUUCCAAAGUGGAUAUGAAUGAUUUUUGGGAGAACAGCGAAUGGGAAAUAGUUGAUGCUUCUGGCUACAAACACGACAUCAAAUACAACUGCUGUGAGGAGAUCUAUACUGAUAUAACUUAUUCCUUUUAUAUCCGAAGGCUGCCCAUGUUUUACACUAUUAAUCUGAUCAUCCCCUGCCUGUUUAUUUCAUUCCUGACUGUAUUAGUUUUUUACCUGCCAUCUGACUGCGGAGAGAAAGUGACCUUGUGCAUCUCUGUCCUACUUUCCUUAACUGUUUUCCUCUUGGUAAUCACAGAGACAAUUCCCUCUACUUCUCUGGUAAUCCCACUAGUGGGAGAAUACCUGCUGUUCACCAUGAUAUUUGUGACGCUCUCCAUCGUUGUCACUGUGUUUGUACUGAACAUCCACUACAGGACUCCGACAACUCACUCUAUGCCUAAGUGGGUCAAAACUGUUUUCCUCAGUCUUCUGCCCAAAGUUUUGAUGAUGAAGAGACCCAUACAGAAACACAUUGAAACCCAACUUGAAAAAACCAAAACAGGCAGUGACCCAAAAGCCACAAAAUCCAGCAAGCAAAAAGCUGAUAACUCGGGAGAAGUGAAAGUCUCCAGUGAGCACAGGUGCUGCCACUGUGACAAACUCAGUGAACCAGCUGCGGGUAAGAAAAGGAGACCAAGCCACCAGUCUGCAAAGUGGGCGGCUGAGCAAAUCGAAUACUCCCCAGAGGUCAAAGAAGUCAUUAGCAGUGUUCAGUUCAUUGCAGAAAACAUGCGGAGUCAGAAUAAGACCAAAGAGGUGGAAGAUGACUGGAAAUAUGUCGCCAUGGUAAUUGACAGAGUGUUCCUGUGGGUGUUCAUCAUUCUCUGUGUAUUUGGGACUGCAGGAUUGUUCCUACAGCCAUUGAUAGCAGACACAUAAUUUGCUUUUAUUUGGUCACUUCAAAUUAGACCUCUGCCCUCACACAUUUUCCAGUCUUAUGUUUGAGUCACUCAUGUGCAACAAUUACAGAGCAGAGCUGGAGAAACUGUGGUUCUCCACAAGUUGCUCAACUCUA